AACGUGAAAGGUAAUGCAGUGGGCAGUGAGGGUUGCACUAGUCGACAUGUGUAAAGCACUUGACCGUAACAAUGGUAAAAUUCCCAAAGUGACGUGUCCAUUCUUCCCCUUUUUCUCUCUUCCUUCGCCUGCAAGGUAAUUACAUACAUUUUUUUCCAAUAUCCGCUUCACAGAUUACAUACUAUAAACCCUAAUCACUCCCAAUUUCUGCUUCAAUUCGGUUUCAUUACACAGUAAUUCGCCUCGAGGGUUUUCUAUUGCUUUAAGGUUGUGGCUUACUUUUGGGAAAUUUCAAGGAACAUAAAGAGAACAGGCCUUGUUGUUUCAAAAAAGAGUUUUGGAAGUGAAGUUCUCAUGAGAAUUUUUAGGGGAAUGCAGAAAGUAGCUCGCGAGGAUCAAAGGGAAGUAAGUUGCUGCAAGAAAUCAUUCAGUAAAGGUAUUGGUGUGACCGCCCCAAAGGCCAGAAAGCGAGAUAAAUUGAAAGUGUUUCUCUAAUUUGGGUCAAGGCAGAGUGAUUGUUCUGUGGGUCUCUAGUUGAAGAAGGGCAGCAAAAAUGACAAGGAUACUUGUCCAGAGAGGUUCUACAGGGUCUUCAUCGUCAUCGUCAAACCAGAACAGGUCGUCAGUGUCACUCCCUGGAUCAUCUGCUUCUUCUUCUUCAGCUUCAUCACAGCCACAGGUUUCUAGUACUAGUCAAGUGCCAUCAGCUCUGAAAGAUGAUGAGUUGGUGGGAGAGUUUCCAGAAACAAUUGUCUUGGAUGAUGUUUCAGUUGGUUCCUUCAAUCAGAAAGGUGAUGGUGAUGAUGCUUCAGUAGAAAGUUUUAGCUGUGACCGAAGCCUCCUUGAAGAAAAGAUUGUUGACAAUGAGAAGGUUAGUGAUGAUGCUUUUGUCUGUGGGGACUCCAUAAAAGCAUCUAGUGGUUUAAGAGUUGAGGUAGUGGAAAAUGAAGGUACUUCUCUGCUGGAGCCUAAAGGUAGUUAUUGUCCACCUCCCCCUCCACCUCCUGUCCCACCUCCUAAACCUGCUUCACUUAACCCUAGACCAAGGAAAUUUUCAUUAGGUAGUUCAAAUGCAGUACGGAUAGGAUCAUCUAGGGAAUUUGUUGGGCAGACCAAUGUGUCAACUAGGACUUCACCUACUGGAUCUAGGCCAUCGUCUCCACGGUCACACAGCGAAAGUGAAGGUUAUAAUAGCGCAGAUGAGCAGAGUCCCAACUUUGGAUCCUCACGCAAUGAUGUGGAGAGAGAGCACCAGUUUGAAAUUGAUGUCAGAAGAUCCAAAGGCUUAGAAGUUAAGAAAAUGCGUGAAGAUGGGAAUUGCCUCUUCCGUGCAGUUGCUGACCAAGUAUAUGGUGAUUCUGAAGCUUAUGAUUUGGUCAGGCAGAUGUGCAUCGACUACAUGGAGCGCGAAAGGGACCACUUCUCCCAGUUUAUAACUGAAGGAUUCACAUCCUAUUGCAAGAGGAAAAGGAGAGACAAGGUCUACGGCAACAACGUGGAGAUCCAAGCAUUAUCUGAAAUGUAUAAUCGCCCUAUCCAUAUAUAUUCUUAUAGCAUUGAACCAAUGAACACGUUCCAUGGAAGUUAUAACUCAGAUACCCCUCCUAUCCGUCUCAGUUAUCAUCAUGGAAAUCACUACAACUCCCUUGUCGAUCCUCGGCGAUUAUCAGUUGGUGCUGGACUUGGGUUUAGCUCUUUGCGAGGGAAAAACGUCGACAAGGAUAAUGUAAAAGCUGCAAUUAAAGCUCAACAGGACCAACAGAUCGAUAACGCGCUUCUUGCUGAAGGACGCUUCUACUCAGAUGUUGAGCUCACUGAAAAGGAGAUGGAACGGAUGGUGAUUGAAGCUUCUAGGGCUGAGUAUAUUGCGCAUGAUAACAAGUUCCGGCAACAGCUUGGUCGUCGAGAAUCUUCCACAUCCGGUGCUGAACCAUCAUCUUCAGGAACUAGGUCAUCAGGAAGUGAGAAACGGCAGGAAGCUGGGCAAGAGCUGAGUUCGCCAGAUUCUGCCUUUAACGACUGCAUCCAGGUUAUGCUAUCUAUGGGUUUCAGCUAUCCACGAGUGAUUGAGGCUUAUAGCAUAUUCGGCGAUGAUGUGGAUUCCAUGGUUUGUUACCUCAUAGAAACCAGCUGUAGCAGCAGGCGCAAAGGAAAAGCAACUGAAUGAGGAAACUGAGAAAAGAGCUGUGUGGAUUAGUCUAUCGUGUUUUUUUCUAGUAUAAGCAUUUGCUUUGUGUUCGGUUGUCUUCUGAAGAGUACGUACUAUCUUAUAUGGAUUAUUCUAAUGUUUCUAAGUCGGACUCUGAGAUUGUAUUGCUAUGUUGCUGCUUGUGUAAUGCCAUAUAAGUUGGGUAAGAACAAGGCUUUUGCUUAAAAUUUGAGGAUAAUUUUUUUUUGACAUUUCUAA